AUGACUAAAGCAGUCGGACGAGCAAUGGAUGCUAUUCAACAAUUAUUACAGCAAAAAAACAUAGUUGUACGAGAAGAAUUUGUCAUUGGUGGUGUUUCGAAACGUGGAUGGACAACAUAUUUGGAUCAAAAUAGCAAAACAAAAAUUUUUCAAGUUCAAGGUGCUGAUGACGAAUUUUUUCUACUUGAUAAUGCAGAUUUCUUCUGGAACGAUUUACAAGUAGCUGCUGAUGAAUCUUAUCUGAGACGUGAUUUUCGACAAGCAAAACGUGAUCAAACUUAUGCGAACGUUGUUGCUAAUCCUAUUAUAUGGACAAAUACAACUGGGCAAUUUGGCUCAACUGUUUCCUAUUCACUUAUAGUUCCUAUCCCAACCGGUGGUUAUUGGACUGCUGCUCUUCUUCAAGCUUCAUUCUCUGGACUUGAAGGUACAACAUUGACUUUGACAACAGAAACUCUCAUUUUACAAAACACUUAUCCAGCUAAAGAGUGUUAUGAUCAAGAAUGCUAUGGUCGACUCGUACAGUUUAAUGUGCAAACGUUUAAAAUAGACAUAUGUUUUAUGAGAUAG